AUGGAUAAACCUUUUCAGCCUCUUCCGAUGUUUGCAGGAUUUCCUCCAAUCGAGCCUUUGAUAGCAUCACUUAUCACGAUAUCUGACGAGAUUUCCUCAAUAAGUAAUCUCCCUCCUGUACAAGUGAAAAACAUCUUAGUCCUGACUAGGAGAAUCAGACUUCUUUCUCCUCUGUUUACAGAGAUGCAAGAGCUAAAAAUCCCGCUUGUUCCCUCUGCCAUCCUUUGUUUUACUGAGCUCUUGUCUCUGAUGGUGAGAGCAAAGCUUCUGAUCCAAGGAUGCACUGAAAGUAGCUACCUGUGGAGCCUUAUUCAAACAGAAGUCCUGUCAAAGGAAUUUAAUGCAAUAGUGAAGGAAAUCAGCAGGGCUCUUGAUAUAUUAUUACCUCUACAAAUGAUGAACAUAAGUAUAGAUGUUAAAGAACAAGUGGAACUCUUGUGCAAGCUGGGGAAAAGGGUAGAUUUGGUAGUCGACCCCAAGGAGUUGGAAAGAAGAAAAGAAGUUCUUCAAAUAAUAGCUACUAGUAAGGAAAAUAAUGAUAAGGGGAAUGGUGUCAUUGAUGUUGCAAGGGCAAGAGAGAUUUUGAGCAGCAUUGGCUUGAGAAGUUCAGUAGACUUUUCUGAGGAAAUAUCCAAACUGAAGGCAGAAGCAACAAAUCAGGGUGGUACAGGUGGGCCGAUAGUUGUUUCAAGAAUUCAUAACAUAAUCUCAUUACUUUCAUAUCUCAGGUCUAUGGUUUUUAGUUUUGAAGAGAAUGAAAUCACUCUUGAACUUUUGAAGCAAAAAAUUGUUAAAGAAAACCUUACUGCACCAGCAUCUUCGUCUUCUCGAGCCAUGCUGACAGACGUUCCCAAUGAAUUCCGCUGCCCAAUUUCACAUGAGAUAAUGAGAGAGCCUGUCACUGUAGCAACUGGACACACUUAUGACCGAGACUCGAUUUCUAAGUGGGUCAAUUCAGGGCAUAGAACAUGCCCGAAGUCUGGGUGGAAGCUGACUCACAUGGCUCUAAUACCCAACUACAACCUGAAGAGUAUGAUCCACCAAUGGCAUCAGGACAACAAUAUCCCUUUCAAUGAAUUCACACCAUGUUCCUCAGUGCUUCAUAGAAGUAACAAAAGGGAAGAUAUAGGUCACAGUGCUGUCAGAUUGACAUCAGAAUAUUUAGUAGGAAAACUUGCAACUGCAUCUCCAGAAAUGCAAUGUAGAGCAGCCUAUGAGAUUCGACUGCUAGCAAAAAGCAGCAUGGACAAUAGGAAAAUAAUUGCUGAGGCUGGAGCAAUUCCAUUUCUGGUGAACUCAUUAAGUUCUCAUGAACCAGCAAUGCAGGAAAAUGCUGUGACUGCACUGUUGAACCUUUCCAUCCACAGUGACAACAAAAUUUUGAUUAUGGAAGCUGCAGCACUUCAAAGGAUACUUUUAGUUCUAGAAACUGGAAAAACUAUGGCGGCAAAGGGAAAUGCAGCUGCAGCAAUUUCAAGUUUGUCAAUCAUUGAUGAUUACAAGGCAAGUAUUGGUGUCCAACCAAGAGUUGUAGCAGCUUUGAUAAGUCUCCUGCAAGAAGGCACCACAACAGCUAAAAGAGAUGCUGCAACAGCGCUAACUAAUCUUGCAGUUUAUAAUCCAAUCCAGAGGACAGUAGUAUAUGAAGGGGCAGUACCUUUGCUUAUCGGUAUAUUGACGGAUGAGAAGGCAGGAAUAACAGAUGAUGCCUUGGCAUUGCUCACAUUGCUUUCAGGAUGCUCUGAAGGGAUGGAGGAGAUCACCAGAACCAGAAGUAAAGAUCUCGUUACCCUUCUGGUUGAUCUCCUAAAAUUUGGAUCCCAGAGAGGUAAAGAGAAUUCAGUCAGUCUUCUUCUGGCUUUGAACAAAGAUGGAGCUGAAUUAGUGAGACAUUUGGAUCACCAAAGCUUCUCAUUACUUCGGAGGUUGGGAGCUAAAGGAUCACCUGAAGCUCGAGAAAGAGCUAAUCUGUUGCUCAGGUUACUGAUCAAAUGCUGCUCCAAUCCUGCAAACCUUUAGC